CCCGAGGUCAGAGGCUUGAGUCUGAGACGUAGAGUGUAUCAUGUUGAAGAUGAGCGGGUGGCAGCGACAGAGCCAAAGUCAGAGCCGGAACCUGAGGAGAGAGUGUUCCAGAAGGAAGUGUAUCUUCAUACAUCACCACACCUGAAAGCAGCAUGAAUGCUGCCAUAAACAGUAUGUAAAUAAAUAGAUGUGGCUGUGUUCCAAUAAAACUUUUAUCUACAAAAGCAGGCAGCAGACCCAUUUGCCAGCCUGUGGCAUAGAUUGUCGGAAUGUGGGGCUUGUCCCACCCACUUCCCAUUAUCCCAAGUAUGUACAUUUUCCAGACCUGAUCCAACUGCAGAGAUGGCAGCUGAGUCAUUGCCUUUCUCCUUCGGGACACUGUCCAGCUGGGAGCUGGAAGCCUGGUAUGAGGACCUGCAAGAGGUCUUGUCCUCGGAUGAAAAUGGGGGUACCUAUAUAUCACCUCCUGAAAAUGAAGAGGAAGAAUCAAAAACCUUCACCACUCUUGACCCCGCCUCUCUGGCCUGGCUGACUGAGGAGCCAGGACCAGCAGAAGUCAUAAGCACCUCCCACAGCCCGCACUCUCCAGAUUCCAGUCGGAGCUCCCUGGCUCAGGAGGAAGAAGAGGAAGCCCAAAGAAGAAACAGGAAACGGAAACGGGGUGGUCACUCCCCAGCCCGGGUUGGGAAGCAGCGCAUGAAGGAGAAAGAACAAGAGAACGAGAGGAGAGCGGCACAGCUAGCAGAGGAGAACGAACGGCUCAGGCAGGAGAUCGAGCGCCUGACCAGGGAGGUAGAGGUGACUCGCCGAGCUCUGAUCGACCGCAUGGUCCAUCUACACUAAGCAUGAACAGUGGGACCAUCACUCCCUAGCUCGGGGCACACUACCCACCUUUCCAGAAGUGACUACUGACCACCUUCUCACUAGUGCCAGUGAGGUGACCCUUUCCCCAAUAUAGUCGGGGGAAACUUGGUGUAGACAAAGUGUCUCAGCUUAGAGAGAUUGCACAUUUAUUUAUUACUGUCUAUAUCCAUUAAAGUGACUUUCUAUGA